CUUGUUUCUCCUGCACUGGAACAUCACCGCAAAGAACGAUGGAAUCAUCGCUGCGCUCGAGGCGAAGCACGGCAGCGGCGCCGAGACGGGCUGGAUGUCCAUUGGUUGGACGAAGAAAGCCGGCCUCAUGGCUCCCGCCGAUGCGGUGGUGGGGAAUCUGAAAGCACCGAACACCAUUGUGGCCUACACUAUGAAGGGCAAGACCUUGGCCUUCAAUAUGAUCAAGAAGUCAACUGCGGCGGCACUGAAGCUCUCUGCAAAAUCGGUGGAAACCACUGCUGAUGGUGGCAAGAUUGUGAAGUUCACUCGCUCAGGCAAGGGUGUUCUGAGUCCUGUGAGUUACACGGGUAACAACAACAUGAUCUGGGCCUACUCCAACUCCAAGGCUUUCAACAUGCACACCAAUCG